ACGGCGGCCCAGGCUUUUCUGAAAAGACGGCCCGGCUUUCAUUUCGCCCGCCGAGAGCCUGGAGGCAUCUCAACCCCUCUGAACCCUCCUCCUCCUCCUCAGCCGUUCCCUCGCCUCUCAGGCGCGCUUCACUCCCGAUCUGCUCCUGAGGUGAGCGGCCGGGAAAGCGAGCGCUCGGCUGCCCGAGAAGGAGGAGGAGGAGGCGGAGGCGGAGGAGGACGAGGAAGGAGGCGGUCGUCAAGGGAGGAGCCAGCCGCACCGCCGGAGCUAAGCAGAGUCGGAGGAAGACGGAACCGGGAGGAGCGAAGAAGGAGAAGGAGAAGAAGAAGAAGAGGAAGCAGGGCCGGAGCUGAAAGGAGGAGAGCGCUGAGGCGGCUAGGCCCGACGCGCCCCCCCCCCCCCCCGCUCCGCCGCCAUCAUGGAGCAGCAGCAGCAGCAGCAGCAGCCCGUCAGUCGGUACCAAGUGCUUCAUAAUGAAGACGAUCCUGCGGAAUCUACAGAAGAGCAACCGUCCACCUCUACGGAAACUGCACCAGCUUGUCAAACAGAGGCACCUUUACCUGAGGUGGAUACUUCCCCUCCACCUUAUUGUAGCAUCGCUACAGAAGCAGCUGCACCAACAGAAGUCGAAUCACCCAACGAUUUUUACCCAGUGCCGCCUCCCUACAGCGUAGCUACCUCUCUUCCCACUUACGAUGAGGCGGAGAAGGCCAAAGCUGCAGCAAUGGCAGCUGUGGCGGCAGAAGCCGCAGCCCAAAGACACGGCCAUUUUAGGGAGUCUAGGAGUCUGUUUGAUGUAUUCCUGAGUCCACCAGAGGAAGAAGAAUAUCCCCCAAGAGAUGACUUCAGCGAUGCAGACCAACUCCGUGUGGGGAAUGAUGGCAUUUUUAUGUUGGCUUUUUCAGUCAUGGCAUUCAUUUUCAACUGGAUUGGAUUUUGCUUAUCAUUCUGUAUAACUAACACCAUAGCAGGAAGAUAUGGUGCAAUCUGUGGAUUUGGAUUGUCUUUGAUCAAAUGGAUUCUUAUUGUCCGGUUCUCAGAUUACUUUACUGGCUAUUUCAAUGGACAGUACUGGCUUUGGUGGAUAUUUCUUGUACUUGGCCUCCUCCUAUUUUUCCGAGGUUUGUUAAUUACCUUGAAAGUUAGAAAUAUGUCUGAAAGUAUGGCGGCAGCUCAUAGAAAAAGAUUUUUCUUCUUGUAUUAGAGAUUGCAGCAACCAGGCAUUCUCCUCUUAUCAAUGUGAACUUCCAACCCACCAGUUACCUUCCGCCGAAUAGGGAAAGAUGACUACUGUAUCUGAAGCAGGAUUCUUUUUGCCGCUUAGUGAAUGGCAGAAUGGUUCAUGCUUAAGUGCCAGUUCUGUUCAUUCUAGUCAAUAUUUAUAUUAAGCAUUGCCUUUUGUCUUGCACAUAUAUACAUAUACAAUAUAUAUAUGUGCUAAUCAGCAAGAACUUAAAAAAAAAAAAAAAUCCAUGCAUAUAGUCUGCUAAGCAGCUGAUACAGUAGACUUAACUAAAUCAUGUUUGAAUCUGAAUAUUUUUAAGGGGGUAAGCUGUUCUUCACCAGUAUUAUGUACUAUCUAUUUGUUGGUCUAAUGAUUUUUUUUUGGCGGGGGGGGAUGCAGGCAACUUGUACCAACUGCUCGGGACUCUGCUGGGAUGUAUAUUACAUUCAUCCGAUUAUGCACAUUAGAACAUUUUAAUCAUACAAUUUGUAGCUCUAUAAACAUGUGUUGAAAAGCUUUUUAUUGAGGGCUGAACCAGGUUGCCCUAGUACACUUUUUUUAUUGUGGUUCAAUUGUGUAAAAUUAGCCUCUUCAUCAAUGUUGGCAAUAUAAUGGCGUAAAGUAUAAUGGAGUUUUUUAAAUCACUGCCAUUUUGAAAUACAGUAGGAGCUGAUUUCAUGAAGAAACCAUUAAGCUGCAGUUAUCGUGCAACUUCAUACAUUUGGUUUGAUUCUUUGUUUAAGGGAAUAAGAGAGAUUGCUGCUGUCCUGCUGUCAUCUUACAUAAUAGCAGGAAGCCAGAGAAGAAAUACAAAUAGAAUCACAAGAGGAGAGUGUAUCUGAUUAGUUGUCAAUUUGAGAAGGAGUUCUGUUCUUCAGCUCUUCCCACAUUAUUUUUGCAAUUUUGCUUUGACAGAGAAACAUGGGCUUUAGCCCCACGGACUAGUAGCUGUUCAGGUUACAGAAAUUUGAAGGGUGAGGGGGAGAAGUAUGCAAAUUAAAAUCUCUUCUCAUCAAUUGAACUGCACAUGGCUAAUUCAGCUGGAUGAUUUGAUUAGCAUAAGCCCCCACAAGAAAAUUUUAAGCAUACAACUAUAAUGCCAAAAGAAUUAAUAUGUGGAUUUGAGCAAGGGAAUGUUCUAAGUGCGUGAUUGAAGGAUGUAUUUGGGUCCCAUUUACGUGGGGGUGGGGAACUAUAAAUUCAUUCUUGCAUUUAUCAUCUCAUUAAGGUUUAGCAUAAGGAAGUUGCUAACCUGUUUCUUCUGCCUUUUCUUGUUAAGAAUCUCUUGCUUCACUAUUCCCCCAUCUGCUUACGGUCAUAAUGUGCAAUCGAAGACUAGAAUGUAAGUUUUCUAUGCAUUCCAGCCCGUCUUCUUUGGCAAAGGGAAGAUUCACAGUAAAGAAGAUUUACUGCAACACUACCCAGUUGAAAGGAUGGUGUGGUUUUUCAACAUGGAAUAUCACUUUACAUUGUUGUUAGGCUACGAGAAGACCUUCACACGAGGGAUUUCAGUAAUAAGCCAGGCUUUUAAAAAGGUGGUUCUGUUUUUCAUGCCAACGAAGCCGAGUUUAGGUUAAUUCUCAAUAGGUGCUUUUUCUUUUCUUUCUUUUCUGAUUGCAGAAACGUAAGCAACUUAGUGCUUACGAUAUUCAUAUACAACAAUGAUGUUUAUCUUGAGUUAACAGUUAUAUAUCUAGGCAGCAGGAAUAAAUGUACUUAUGCCUUCCUUAAGGAUCUCUGGGACUGAACACUCUGUUAUAUUCUCAUACGGUUGUAAUAAGCCUCAUCUCUGUUUCCUGCUAAUCAUUCUGUAUUUUUGGGAGUGGGAAAAUGCACCUUUAUUUCUUAAUUUGAAUUUUUGCACUCUUCCAUUUUCAUAUAACGUUUAGGGAAAAUACGUGUUUUUUCCCUGACUUAUGUAUCAACCUGUAUCCAUUGUAUGCAUAAGGUUGGCAAUUUAUAGUCUUUAUUAUUUAAGCAUCAUUUUUAAAAAAUGCUAAGACUUGGAGAACAAAUGCCCAUUCCUGGUAUGAAUGCAAACAAAAUCCUUUUUAAAAAAAGAGUUCCUAUGUAUUUUUCCUUGAAUUCUUCGGUAUUUGUUCUUCCUUCCUUCCAACUCCCUCCUCUGCAUAAUUUGUUUUCUGGUUUUGUUUUAUUUUAUUUGGAUUUUUGAAUAAAGGCUUCCAGUUUUUACAUUAAAAAAAACCUUUCUACACCUCUUUUGUAAACAAAUGAUGAAUUAGCUGAACACUUUCUCUUUUGGACUUUUUCUUUUUGUAAUUUAAUAUGUAUAAUUUUGCUUCAGUUUGAAGCAGUUAUAUUGGAGCAAUGCAUUGGCAAAGAAUAAUUCACAUUCUGUUUCAUUUCAGGAUUUCAUAUUAAAUUAUGCAUACACCCUAAUUUGCAAAAGAUGCAGGUAUUUUAUGAAAGACUACAGUCAUUGCCUAUAUGCAGAGAAAAAUACAUCAUUUUGUGUUAAACCUUUAGGUUUAUAUGUACAGCAGGAGAAAAAGGAGCAACAAACACCACAACAGGAAUGUGAACAGUGAGAAGAGGCAAUUUUGUGUCUUCCUUUAGGCAAUUAUAAAUGCAAAUUUACAUUCAUAUCAACUUUGCAUUCCUGAAAUUGAAAUCACAUUUUUUUGUAAAAUAGCUUUAGCUACUUUUUAAAAAAGCCUAUGAAUCAUGCAAUACUGUAUAUUGUUGGAAUUCUGAAUCCACAGUCUGGGAAUGAAUUUAAGAGAAAUAUGUUCAAUUUCACAGAAAGCAAAGCAAACUAUUAAAAAA